ACAGUUUCUAAGCGCCGCGUGAGAGUCACAGCAACAUAAACACAUCUCUUCGUAUGUCCUUUUCAUAGUCCACGUCGACAAACACUCCUGAUUAUUUAUUUUAUUUGACUUUUAUUUUAUUGCUCAGUUUGUUAUUACUGAACACAGGAUGGAAUUCACCAUCCGGGCCGCCACGCUCGAGGACUGUAAGGACAUCUCGCGCAUGAUACUGGAACUGGCAGAGUAUGAGAAAGUUUCUGACCAGGUCAAGAUUGCACAAAGAGAUCUGGAGCAGGAUGGAUUCUCUAAAAACCCUUUUUUCCAUGGAAUCAUUGCUGAAGUGCCAGAGCACCUUAAGUCCAAAGAGGGUCAUACCAAGGUUGGUUACUCUCUGUACUUCUACACAUACAGUUCAUGGAAAGGUCGGGCGGUGUACAUGGAGGAUCUGUAUGUGAUGCCAGAGUUCAGAGGGAAAUGCAUUGGCAAGGCUCUGAUGUCUAAAGUUUCCCAGCUUGGUCUGGCUGCUGGUUGCAGCCAGCUGAACUUCACUGUGCUGGACUGGAACAAAUCAUCUCUUGACUUCUACCUAAAGCAGGGCUGCUGGGAUGUGACCUCCGACCUCGGCUAUCACUGCAUGCGCUGUGAGGGCGAUGCCCUUGAACACUUGGCCCAGGGGGACCUUUAAAUUUUUGAAGCACAUAGAUUCCACUGUCAACCCCUGACCAGAGCCACAAGUAACAAGUUGUUUGAUAAGCACAGGAAGACAGUAAACUGACAGUUAAAUGGGAAAACUGGAAUAAGUAACCAUGCUCAUAUCCUAUAGAAAUUUUCUGAAAGAAACGCAACUUUAUGAGGCAAUAUAGACAAGCAAUAUUGCCGAGAACAAUAGACAGAAGAUGCUUCUUAUUUAUUUUGCCUCAAAAAGUGCAUUUGAUUCAUUCUACAUAAUUGAAUUGUGAAGUCUGACCUAACCAAAGAUUCAGAAGUGCACUGUUGUGUCAUUGUGAAUCGCAUAUAUAUUGGCCAUAUUAUGACAUAAUCAUUUUUCUACUAGUGGAAAGGGUGGAAGUGAAAUCGUUACAGUUGGUGCUGAUACCAUCAUUCGUAUCUAGAAUUUAGAACUGUUAUUCUUAGAUGUUCUAUUUAAAUAGCCAUUUUAUUUGUUAUAUUACGUGUCAUUUUAUUUUUACAUUUGAAUAUCUGUUUGAACAUCUAGUCGGUCUCACUCACAAAUCCACUUUAUCUGAAAUUAUGCACAAGUAAUGUUCUUAAACUAUGUUGUAAUAUAUAAAGAACCGAUUGGUACACAAGAGUCACAACCAAGUAGAUUCUAGAAGAUGAAGAUGUGUCUGUUUACGCUGUACAUGCACAGAUAUAAGCCACAUACUUUUCUCGACUAACUUUUGGUAACUGUUACCAGUCAUAAGAGAGAAUAAGCUCACUAAAAGUAGAAAAAUGCACUACAAAUGUAAAUAAGCUAAAUCCUACAGUAUAUGCUAUUGGUUAGUGAAACCAUGAUUGGAUUUUGCUUUUCUAAAUUGUUUACUUUGCCUUGUAGAUGAUUUUUUUUUUGUGCAUUUUGCAUUGUGUAAU